CGGGGCCUGCCGGCUGCCGUGAGAAAGCGGGCCCGGUGCCCGGGGAAGAGGCUGCUUGGACCGGGUCGUUCCUCCGCGGCCACCGAGACGAACACGCAUUUUUAUUUCUUGGCAUCGACGGGACGCAGUGACUUGUCUUCCCAGCGACAUGGCAGUGCCAGGUUGCAAUAAGGAUAAUGUCAGAGCUGGCUGUAAAAAAUGUGGCUACCCCGGUCAUCUGACUUUCGAAUGCCGCAAUUUUCUUCGAGUAGACCCCAAAAGGGACAUAGUGCUUGAUGUCAGCAGUACAAGCAGUGAAGACAGUGAUGAAGAGAACGAAGAGCUAAAUAAAUUGCAGGCAUUACAGGAGAAAAGAAUAAAUGAAGAAGAAGAAAAGAAGAAAGAGAAAAGCAAAGAGAAAGUCAAAUUGAAAAAAAAGAGGAAAAGGUCUUAUUCCAGUUCCACUGAAGAGGACUCUUCAAAACAAAAGAAACAAAAAUGUCAGAAGAAGGAAAAGAAAAAAGAAAAAAAGAAUAAAUCCAAAAAAGGGAAACAUCACAAAAAGGAAAAAAAGAAGAGAAAAAAGGAAAAGCAUUCUUCUACCCCUAAUCGUUCUGAAUUCAGUAAAAAGUAGAUGAAACUUUGACUUUAAGUUGUGAAAUUUAAAAAUUCAUUUGCCCUUCCUUGGAACUUAUUGUAUAAUUAUGCUUGGCAAUAAAUCCCAGGCUUUUCUGUAUGGAUAUUUUUCAUAUGUAGGACUGUCAUCCUUCUGGCUUUAUGUACUAUGUUAGUCUUGUUACUUGAUAGCCAUCUUUCAGGUAUAGGUAUUUGUACAUACCAAACACCUUUUUAGUAUUUGUUUCUCUGCAUGUUGUGCUAACAUCAUUAUGUGUAAGCUGAUUGUGAAAUGGCUUUCCUGCACGAAUCGAGCAGUUAGAGUUGCUGGAUCCAGUGUCCAUCUUUCAGUGAGGCAGCUAGCUACGUGAUUUGCUCUUGAUACUGAAAUGUUUAAUAGCUUUGUGUACUGUGAUGUAAUAUAGAAAGAUAGUGAAAUUCUUCCAUUUUUAAAUGUCCAGGAUUGUUUUUAAUCAUAGGAGACAAAGCUUUGCUGUGUUAGAGUAAUACUUUUUCAAUGAAUGGUAUCUGCAGGAUGAUAGGGCAUUUAUAACAAGUUUAGUUGUUUUUCACAGUGCCAAAUUUCUAGUACCUGCCUCCUUUAUUUUUGUUGCAAGUGAAGAAUUUCUUUAUGAGACUAUUUCAUCUUGUUAGAAAGGCGCUGGGGAUGUGGCUUAGUGGUAGAGUGCUUGCCUUGCAUGCAUGAAGCCCUGGGUUCGAUUCCUCAGUACCACAUACACAGAAAAAGCC